UAAAACGUUGACGGUCUAUCCUAACCUAACUUAAUCCAACUCAAGUUUAAGGAUAUGAGCACAUAUCGUGUGGGAUUAAUAAUUGUUGAAGCAUAAUCGAAUCAAAAAUGGCAUUGGCAAAUAUAUCCGGAAUUCCAGAUAAACACUGGCAACCUCAUAUCGUCGCCUUGGAAACUACUAUGGGAGAGAUAUUGAUCGAGUUAUAUUGGAAACAUGCUCCCAUAACGUGUAGAAACUUUGCAGAACUCGUAAGACGGGGCUACUACAACGGUACCAAGUUUCACAGGAUAAUACGUGACUUUAUGAUCCAAGGAGGCGACCCUACUGGUACCGGGAAAGGCGGAAUGUCGAUAUAUGGAGAAUGUUUUGACGACGAAAUUCACGAUGACUUGAAACACACCGGUGCAGGUAUACUAUCAAUGGCAAAUUCAGGACCCGACUCAAAUGGAUCUCAGUUCUUUAUAACGUUAGCCCCAACGCAGUGGCUGGAUGGAAAACAUACGAUUUUUGGAAGAAUUUGCUCGGGUAUGACGAUAGUAAAGAGAAUCGGACUUGUUGAAACAGACAAAAAUGAUCGUCCGAUUGACGAUGUUAAGAUUAUCAAGGGUUCGGUAAAGAAUGCAUAAUUGCUUACUGCACUGUUCAUAUAACAUAAAAAUAAUGCUAAUUUUUCUACAAUAAACAAAUUGCAAACCGAAAAAUCUUUAUUUGAC